AUGCCUUUACCACCCAUGGAAUGGAUCAAACUCAAAACAACAGGUUCAAGUUCACCUCCACCUAUCUCUCAUGGUUGUUUAAUCGGUCCUACUUUCACUUCUCAAUCUUCACCCGUCAACACUCCUGGUUCAGGUUCAGCUUAUCUUUUCGGUGGUCGUUCUUCUACUGGCACGACUACCAAUAAUUUAUUCGUUUUAGAUUAUACUACUUCUAUCUCUCCUGCUUGGUCUCAACCUACUUCUUCUCCUUCAAAUACGAUCUUUACUUCAACUCCUAAUCCUAGAUCUCAUAUGAUUUGUGGUUGGGAUGCUGCUUCGAAUUAUCGUAAUCAACUUUCAGUCUUUGCUGGGAGAUCAAGUGAUGGAACACCACUUAAUGAUUAUUGGUACUUUGAUCCAGCAAAUUCAUUUUGGGCAGAACCUAUAUCAGUCAAUCCUAAUAAACCAUCUCCAUUAUAUGGUGCAAUAGGUGGUAUCGAUCCAACUUAUGUACCAACUGCACCUUCAACAUCGAGCGCUUUGAUUUAUAUGGGUGGCUCAAAUUCAACCUCAAGUGCUUCUUUAUCGCCUUCUGGAUUAAUCAUCGAUGGUCAAUUAGGUUCAAAUACUAAUACAAUCACUCUCACUGUCAAUGAUCUUGGCGGUGGGGUGGGUGGAGAUCCUGGGUCAAAUAAUUUAGUUAAAGGUAGAUGGGGUAUGAGUAGUACCAUCAUGUCAGACGAAUUUGUAGAUUCACCUAAUCCAACUUGUGCACUUACCAAUGGAGGCAUCUUGAAUUUCGGAUCCAACUUUUCACCUGUGACUUUAAAUACCACUAGUACUUCAUCAUGGCAAUCAUUCAAUUAUUGUCCAGCUCCAAGGAUAGGUGGUACGAUGGUACCUAAUCGAAAUACAUUUGAUAGUUCUUAUUCACAACAAGUGAUUAUGAUUGGUGGUAGACCUGAUUUAGAAAAUUGGAAUGAUCAAGGUGGUUCAAAUUUAGGUGAAGUGGAUGUCUUAGAUUUAUCUUCAGGUACUUGGUCAAGAGUAAUUCCAGCACAAAAAGAAGGUGAAAGGUUUACACAAAAAGAAGGUGUGAUGGCUUUAGCUUUAGGUCAUAAUGUGGGUGCUACUUCUUCUUCUAAUGGAACCACUGAUAUCUUAGUUUAUGGUGGGAUUGAUGUGAGUACGGGUCAAGCUUCAAAUGAAUUAUGGGUACUUCGAUUACAUGGUGGAAGGAUGACAGGGAAUGGAACGACAUUAGGUGUACAGAUGUCUUAUUUACCUUCAUGUGUGACUCCUACACCUAAAAACUCGCGUACUUCAUCUCGAAAUCCAAAUCAUUCAACCGAUGAUCAAAGUGGAACCGGACCCAGUUCGAAUUUAAAUGUUUCGGAAGCUCAUACGUUUAUGACCACUGUUGCAUUAGGUUUAAUCCUUUUAUCUGUGACUGCUUUGAGGUAUGAAGAUCCUGGAUUAUUAUCAUUUAGGAGGAUGUGGCGAAUGCCAAGGUUAUGGGCUCUGUUGACUGCAUGGGUGGGAGUUUCGGCCGGUGUGGUUGUUUUGAUAUUUGGGGUCAUUGCAGGAUUCACUCAUACUCGAAUGUCGACUAGUAGUAGUAAUAGUAGUAGUAACAGUACAUCAAGCACGCCUUCUACUCGUCGAAUGCGACGUAGUUUUUUUCACGAUUCAUCACCUAAUCAUGUUACCCCACUCAAAGUACUUACUACUUCAACACAUAGCAAAUUAGGAUUAGCCUUAAUGGUAGCAGGAUGUUUUGCAGUACCAUGUUUAUAUAUCAUAGGAUGGAUUUAUGGAAAAUAUGAAGAAGAAUAUCAAUCGAGAAAACCACAGUAUGGAGAAAGAAGAAGAUUAAAAGUUAAAGAAUCGAAUCAAAUGAAAGAUACCACCUCGAUUUUCGAUCCAAGGUAUUGGGCUGAACAAAUUCGAAUUGCAAGAUUAAACAAAACAAGAAAGAUUGAUAGAAGAAGUAAAAGAGAAAGUCAAAUUGAAGGUAUCCAAAAUGGAAAUCCAACUCGAAUCAGUCAAACUCAUCAGAAUGGAAUGAUGGUUGGUGAUGAAAGUAUGGUGACUUCAGUUGAAAAAUCGAGUUGUGGGAUCGGAUUAGAAAGUCCGAUUGGAUCACCUAAUGAAAAAGACAUUCAAAAUCUUGAAAGGAUCAAUGAUUCAACACAUGGAAAGAAUGAAUCGACUUCUACUGCUCAAACUCGAAUUGAAUCGAUUCCAAAACAAGAAGAUGAUCAUCUAGAAUUACAAGAAUCGAUCUUACCACAAGAGAUUCCGAUUACACCAGAUGAGAUUGAAGCUACUGUUUCUGAACAUUUUGAUGCAUCUUUUCAGGGUGAAUCGAGUGCUAGAUUAACUCCAUUAGCCAUCAAUUCAAAUGUGAUUGAUAUGAAAGACAAUUCGAUGACUGAUCUUUCAAAACAUUCAACAAGACCUGUUUUGAGAGCUUUACAUAAUUUUUCAAAUACCCUUUUACCUUUCAAUAAAACCAAAGUAGAGAAAAAGAUGAAAUCAUCAACAGAAAAAGAAACUGGAACACAAGCAUCAUUCGAAGUAGUUAAUAGACGAUCAGCACUUUCGAAAUCUAGAUUAGGUUCAUCACAUGGAGAACGAAAAGGAUUUAAUCGAAGACUUUCACUUGACCUUUCGAUUGAAAUCGAUCGAGAUCAAAGCCGAGUAGAAGCCAUUGAAUCACAUCGAUCUAACUCGAUUGAAAGGAUCAAUUCUUCAGAUGAUGAUGAUGAACACCAUCACCACCAUCAUCACCAUCAUCAUCCACCAGGAGGAAUAGCAGUUGAAGAUUUAAUGAAUGAACCAGUUUCAAAUAGAGUAACAGAAGAGAUAGUAGAAGAAGAAGAAGAAGAAGAUUCGAUUUAUCAAAAAGCCAUCAAACCACGUAAGAAGUUAAGAAGAUUAGGAGAUAUGUUUUUUCAUACGAUUUUAUUUUUAAGUAAUGUGUUCUUGAUCGUUAGUUAUUUUACAAUGGUUAGAUCAAAGUUUAAAUGGAUUGGAGGAGUUUAUUUGAUAGGUUGUAUUGGUUUAUAUUUCGGUAUGGGAUAUUUGGCUUGGAAUGGAAAACCUUCGUCUGAGUCUACUUUGGUGAUCUUUAUGUCGAUUAUUAAGAAUGGUAGAAGUGGAAGUGGUAAUCCUUCUGGACCUGGAACUGGAACCAAUGGAGCUAAUGAAAGAGACGGAUCGAACCCACCCGCUCAAUUCUCAAGUUAUGCACAACAACAACAUUUACCAUCCCCAUCAGUGAUCGGAACAGUAGCAGCCACAGAAGUAGGCAUCAAUGCACAAAACUUACGACCUAGAUCAUUAGCAUCUACACUGAUGUAUCCGUUUGGAUCAGAUCCGGGUGAUCCAUCUCAUCCUUCUCAUCAUCCGUUUAGAAGUUAUUGGGGAAAUGAUCGAUUGAAUGAAGAAGUCGUUCAGGAAGAUGAAGAGGGUAGAGAGGAUGAUGAGUAUUGGAAUGAGAGAGAGGUUCAGAUUGUGACGACUGCUCCUAGAAGAAGGUUGGCUGUGGUCAAUGGUUAAGAUGGUUCAUUUUUUGAUUUUGAUACUAGAUUGGAUUCUUCAUACUGGAUUGGGUUGGGGAUGACCCUGGGGUUUGGUUUGGUUGAUAAGGAAAAUAUGGUCAGGUUGAGAUGACCCUGGGGUUUGGUUUGGUUAAUAAGGAAAAGAUGAUCAGAUUGAGAUGAGGGUUUUUUGUUUUGUUUUUUUGCAAUCAGUUUUUUCUAUUUCUUCUUUUUUUCUUGAUGACGAUGACGAUGAUGAUGAUGAUGAAAACUUUUGGAUUUAUAUAUACUCAAAACUCUUUGUUUUUACUGAUUACUUUUGGUUUUCCUUUUGUUUAUUUAUUAUAUGUACCUACUCUCAACUCUCUACCUCCUCUUCUCUCUACUUAAAACUUGAUGAUGGUUUACUUGGUUUUUCUUUUUAUUUUUCUCUUUUUCUUUUUGAAACUUGCUUGAAUUAUUUAAACAUUCUUUUUAUUUUUUGGUUUUUCAUUUUUUUUUUGGUUUUUUUUUUACGAUCUUCUUUGGAUUUCUCUUUUUUGUUUCUUUGAUUUUUUUUUUGGAAAAUCUUGACCAAAAAAAAAUCAUAAUAAUAAAAGUUUUUAAAAAGUUUUACUUG